AUGGCCCCGUCCGUCCCUGAAAUCGCGGAAACCGCGCAACCCCCGCCGAACAUCGAGGUCACGAACCUCCAGUUCACGUAUCCCGGAAUCGACGGCCAGCCGCCGCCCGGCGCCAAGCCGCUGAUCGACGGCUUCUCCCUCACGCUGCACCCCGGCGAUCGCUGCCUCCUCGUCGGCGCGAAUGGCGCAGGUAUGUGUGCUUCAAUAUACUAUGGCUCAGGAAAGAGUUUUGGCUUCUUCCUCACGCUGCACCCCGGCGAUCGCUGCCUCCUCGUCGGCGCGAAUGGCGCAGGUAUGUGUGCUUCAAUAUACUAUGGCUCAGGAAAGAGUUUUGGCUUCUUCCUCACGCUGCACCCCGGCGAUCGCUGCCUCCUCGUCGGCGCGAAUGGCGCAGGUAUGUGUGCUUCAAUAUACUAUGGCUCAGGAAAGAGUUUUGGCUUCUUCCUCACGCUGCACCCCGGCGAUCGCUGCCUCCUCGUCGGCGCGAAUGGCGCAGGUAUGUGUGCUUCAAUAUACUAUGGCUCAGGAAAGAGUUUUGGCUUCUUCCUCACGCUGCACCCCGGCGAUCGCUGCCUCCUCGUCGGCGCGAAUGGCGCAGGUAUGUGUGCUUCAAUAUACUAUGGCUCAGGAAAGAGUUUUGGCUUCUUCCUCACGCUGCACCCCGGCGAUCGCUGCCUCCUCGUCGGCGCGAAUGGCGCAGGUAUGUGUGCUUCAAUAUACUAUGGCUCAGGAAAGAGUUUUGGCUUCUUCCUCACGCUGCACCCCGGCGAUCGCUGCCUCCUCGUCGGCGCGAAUGGUGCAGGCAAAACCACCAUUCUCAAGAUCCUGGGAGGAAAGCAUAUGGUCGAUCCCUCCAUGGUUCGCGUGCUCGGCCGUUCUGCCUUCCAUGAUACCGGGCUCGAGGCGUCUGGCGCUCUCACAUACCUGGGCGGCGAGUGGCGCAGGGAUGUGGCAUUUGCUGGUUUCGACGUGCCAUUACAGAUGGAUAUAUCGGCCAGAAAGAUGCUAUUCGGCGCUGCUGCGGACCCUGCCAGGAGGGAGCGGCUGAUCAAGGUGUUGGAUAUCGACCUGGAGUGGCGGAUGCACAAAGUAUCAGACGGGCAGAGGAGACGCGUGCAGAUUGCAAUGGGAUUGCUGAAGCCCUCCAAGGUUCUCCUGUUGGACGAGAUCACAGUGGAUUUGGAUGUGUUGGGCCGAGCGGACCUCAUGUCGUUUCUGAGGGAGGAGUGUGAGCAGAGGGGGGCAACGAUUGUGUAUGCUACACACAUUUUUGACGGGCUGCAGACGUGGCCCACCCACAUCCUCUCCUUCCUCUGUACCCCUCUUCAUCCCUCUGCACCCCUCUCCGCCCCUCUGCACCUCCCUCCCGUAUCUCUGGCAUACGCGUACGUGGCAAAGGGCAGGCUGCAGUUCACCAAGCAGCUGUCGGAGUUCCCAGAGCUGGCCUCCACCACUCUCAUGGAUGAUCACUCACCUCUGCACUCCUCUGCAUCCCUCUGCGCCCUUGCCUGCCCCUCUGCACUCCCCCGUACCCCUCUGAAUCUCUUCUUCAGGCGUACAAUGAUCGAAACGUGGCUUCGUCAGGAACAGCAGGAGGAGAGGGAGAGGAGGAAAGCAAGGAAAACCUUGGGGCUACCGGAGAGGCAGGAGCUGGGAGGAGGAGAGUGGUCACGGGUCGUGGGUGACCCGGCCAAGAAGGCAGCUUCAAGGGUGAGAAUGAUCGAGGCAUGGCUUCGACAGGAGCAGCAGGAGGAGAGGGAGAGGAGGAAAGCAAGGAAAGCCUUGGGAUUACCUGAAAGGGAGGAGCUGGGAGGAGGGGAGGGGACGCGGGUGGUGGGGGACCCUGCCAAGAAGGCAGCUUCAAGAGUGAUGAAUAACGGAUGGGGGCAAGGCAGGAUGUUUCCCACAGUGAAGCUUUCAGAUGAAGAUGCUGCUAAGCUGUUUGACCUGACCUCCAAUAGGGUUCUAAGGAUGUAA